AAAAGUUCAGUGAAUAAAAGAGAGAGAGAGAGAGAGAGAGGGGGUAUGCUUUUACUUCCUGUUCCUGUAGAUUGAAUUGCCCAGAUAAAACAUGUCCAUGUACAUCUUUCCAGGAGUGUAUAAAUAGAGGUGUCAGAAGAGGAAUUAGGUGAAGAGAGAGAUAGAAGAUGGAGUGGAGAAAAUGUUAUCUAGAUGUGAUACUAGUACCACUUGGAUUCCUUAUUACCAUGGCCUAUCAUAUCUGGUUAUGGCAUAAGGUUCGAACGCAGCCCCUCUCCACCAUCAUUGGCACAAACGCAAGCGGACGUCGUUACUGGGUUUUGGCCAUGAUAAAGGACAAUGACAAGAAGAACAUCUUGGCCGUUCAAACUCUUAGAAACUUGAUAAUGGGAUCCACCUUAAUGGCCACCACAUCAAUCCUUCUCUCUGCUGGGCUGGCUGCCAUUAUAAGCAGCACUUAUACUGUGAAGAAGCCACUAAACGAUGCCGUUUACGGGGCUCAUGGUGAAUUCAUGGUGGCAUUGAAAUAUGUGACUCUGCUAAGCUUUUUCCUCUUCUCAUUCUUUUGCCACUCUCUGUCCAUUAGGUUUGUGAACCAGGUCAACUUACUCAUCAACACCCCACCUGAUCCCAUGUCCAUUGUGACCCCUGAGUAUGUAACCGAGCUAUUAGAGAAGGGUUUUCUUCUCAACUCUGUGGGCAACAGGCUCUUCUAUGCUGCUAUGCCUUUUCUUCUGUGGAUAUUUGGACCAGUGCUGGUUUUCUUAUGUUCUGUUGCGAUGGUCCCUGUGCUCUACAACUCAGACUUUGUGUUUGGCACUGCAAAGAGAAAGAGCAAUGUCAACGGGGAAGGGGAUUUUGUCUGAAUGUAUGGGAUAGUAGGUUGUAAUUAUGGAUGCAUCAUAUAAUAUAAUAUAUAUGAUGAGAUUUAAUAUAAAAUAGAUAAAUUUAUAUA